AAGGAGGCUGGAAAUAAAAGAAGGUGCUAAGCGCAUUUCCAGACAUUGUGAGGGGGAAAAAAUAAGAGAGGAGAGAAAAAAAGCAUGUCGGAUCUGUUUAGUCACGGUCUUAAUAGGUCAGUGCGCGGCCCAGAAUUCCUUAACAGAGCGGAUACAACUCACUGGCGAGUAAGAUGAUGGGGAGGUUGUAUCGUAUGCUAGCAAGUGUUGACCAAGCUUGCUCGGUGAAGUUCUUGUGUAUGUUUGUGCUAGUUCCAGUAGCUUCAUAGUACGCCGCAGACUUUCACAUCGGACACGUGGAUAUUCUUACAACUGGCAAAUGUCACGUGAUAAAAAAAAGGGAGGAGGGUGUUUAUGUUGGCCUUAAGUAAGUAGGGGGCCUAUAGUUUUACAUAUUUGUAAACAGCCAGGAAGCUGUUAUCAGGGGCUGUUAGUCAGGAGCUGUUAGUCAGGGGGCUGUUAGUCAGGGGCUGUUCAACCUUUUGAAAGUUGAGACUUGUACGUGUCGAUGUAGAAUGAACGAAGAAUCUGCAGAGACAAUCAAUGCGAGUCUACUUUAGAACACAAAUCUUUGACUGAUCCAGUAAAUCUAUAAUAUCAUGGUUAUAUCUACAGCACUGUUAUGUUGAACUUAUAUAUUUAAAAAAUAUUCACUUUGAUUGAUUGAUGCAUUGAGCGAAUCAAUUACUGAGGCCAGGAUUACCAACAAUGCAAGGAUGUAUCAAGCGUAAGGGAGAUAAGUUAGUGAUCAUAAAUCAGGGACUGAUUAUUAUAUUAUCGUAAGAGAACUUCUCAUUAUUAACGAAUAUACAUCUGCUGAUGCCCUUUCCAUACUGUGCCUGGUCACGGGUAGCCCAGCAAAUAAACGCUCUAUCUGAGAAUGAGCUGAUUUGAACCAUGGGCUACUGGACAUACGCUCGGAGAAGAUGGAAGUGGUUCUUGUGGUUACUAGUGACGGCGGUGGUGCUCAUCAAUGCGGCCAUCUUUAUCGGUUUGACCGGGCCACGUGACCAGCUUAGUGUCAGGCAGGCGGAAGAUGAAUCUCAUCUGUUGAUUGCUAGGAAGAAUCUGAACAAGAGCAGAGGCAACUCCAGUGGUCAAGCUUAUGCAGAUUGGGAACAGAAAGAUCCCCUAGGCGGUGAUCGCGGGAAGCACUUGAAUCAAGAAAACAGCCAGAAGCAGGACCAGAAUUUGGCAGACCAUGGCUACGAUGCCAAUCAGCCUAAAGAAGUGGAUGUCAACUAUAACAGUCGUACCAACUACACGUACAAAGACAAUGAAGAAGAUAAUGAUGAUGAAGAGAUUAUAGAGCUCCUGAAGCAAAAAGAUGAUCAGGAAGAUUAUGUUCAACAGAAGGGAGGCCAGAAUCAUGGCGCUAGAGCUAAUUAUAGUAUCACACAAGUUGACCAGUUUGUACAAAAGUUCCAAUCAGUUUACAAAAAUUCCCCAUAUGCUGUUGAUAUAGAAAGCAAAUAUCUGAUACAUCUAAGAAGGAUAACCUCAUUAAGAAAGAAAGGUCCUAGAUUAGUGGAUUAUCUCCAUGAGAAGGGUACACACUCAUGGGAAAUAUUUCACUCUGAGAUUCGACAACAUGCCCUCUAUGAUCCGGAUGAGGGUUACUUGAAGUCACUUUUAAAAGAUAUGGUCAUGAAAGAAGUGGUGGAUGUUGAGCAAAAAGAAGGUGGAACUCAAAUUAAAUUAAUCAUAACACUGGAAGAUGAUGGUCAGUCAUUGUUUAAACCAAUGAGAUUUCCACGUCAACAAGAAACACUUCCUGAUCAUUUCUAUUUUGCUGAUUAUGAAAGACACAAUGCUGAAAUAGCUGCCUUUCAUUUAGACAUGCUACUUGGUUUUCAUCGUGUGCCACCAACAGUUGGUCGUGUCAUGAAUGUCAGCCAUGAUUUGCACAGAUUGUCUAACAAAAAGUUGGCAAGAACAUUUUUCAUAUCUCCUGCUGGCAACUGGUGCUUCCAUGGCUCAUGUUCUUACUACUGUGAUUCCUCACAUCCCAUUUGUGGCCAUCCUAUAAUGUUAGAAGGAUCAAUGGCAGCAUUCUUACCUCCAGUAGAAAGAGCUAAAAGAAAAACAUGGAGAAAUCCAUGGAAAAGGUCUUACAGUAAACAUCGAAAGGCUUACUGGGAGCUGAAUAAUGACCUUUGUGAAAAAAUUAAAGAAAAAGAGCCAUACAACACUGGCAGACGACUCCUUGAUAUUUUAGACAUGGCUGUAUUUGAUUUUCUUACAGGAAACUUAGAUAGACAUCAUUAUGAAACAUUCCAGGAUUUUGAUAAUGAAACAUUUUUACUUCAUUUAGACAAUGGUCGUGCGUUUGGGAAAUCCAAGUAUGACUGUAUAUCUUGCAUUGCACCUGUUCGGCAGUGCUGCAUGAUUCGUCUGUCCACACUUUCAAAACUUGUGAAACUUUACAGUGGUCCUGAUAGUCUCAGCACACUUAUGAGGUUCUCAAUGCACUCAGAUCCUGUGGAUCCAAUUUUAGUAGAACCUCACCUACAAGCACUAGACCGAAGAGUCAGUAAACUCUUACACAUAAUCUACAGUUGUCUAGCCGAAGGAAAAUCGUGGAAUGAAGUGAUUAUAGAUGAUGGCAUAACAUGAUCACUAACUAGGUUACAAAGACCUUAGUCAGUGUUUAACCGUUAUAUGUAAGUUCAUCACAGAAGAAAGAACUGAGAAUGAUGAUGAAUCAUUACACAGUACUGUGAUAACCUAAACUACUAAUGUUCAGAAAAUUUAUGUGGGCAUGAUAACAGCUUAGUAACAUUUAAUAAGAAGCAUAUUACAUUGUUAUAAAGCAUGUACUAAUCUGCUGUUAACUAGAUUGAGGAUAAAAACCAUUGAUUAGUCCCAUUAUAUAUAUUUAUUUAUAUAUUACGUAUACUUUGAUAAGACCAAUACCGGUGUUUGUUAUACUAUACUCACAUUAUUGAUGUUUUAUAAACACAAUGAUAUAUGAUGCUUUUUUAACACAAAAGAAUUCCACCGCUAUUAAAAAAGACAGUAAAACAUUUUGUAAUAUGUGAAUAACAAUUGUCUCUGUUAAAAAAAAGUGUUUUCCCAAUGAAUUAAUCAUCUUCUUUUGUUUAAUAAUGUAGGCCUAAAUUAAAGUACUGUCUAAUUUGCUUUUUCAUUAGCUGCUUACAUAUUUUGAUGAACCAUCUUUAAAAAUGAUUUGGUUAGUGUAAAUGAUAAAAGAUUACUUGAAAAUUUAAUAGCAUAGAUUUUUUUAAAAAUGUAUUUCUACUAUAUUUACAAGUAUGUAUGGUAUCCUAACAAUAUAAAAAAUAAUUUUUGCUUUCUCACAUUUUAAUAUAAUAAUAAUUUUCAAUAUCAGUAACUAUAAAUGUUGAUUUUUAUAAAAAGAAAAGGUCUCUUAACAAUUUUGAAAUUGAAAAGGUUUCUUCAAAAUUUAGAAAUUAGUCUACAAAAUUAGAGUCAAGAAUAGGUUAAUCAUUAUUUUGAGGUACCAGCUGAUAUGCUUAACAUCAUAAUGAUAGUACUUUAAGCACUCAUGGCUGUGAAAAUGUAUAUGCAUAAUAAUCAUCAGAACUUUAACCAUGAAAUAUGUAGAUAGUAUUUAAUAAUAUUAAAUUUCAGUUGUAAAAGAAUUCAUUUUAGUUGGCUUAUUUCAGUUGUAUAAUGACUCUGGUUAAUCUUGUAGAGCACUUUUUCAUGUGCCUGUAGAAUCUUACUCUGGCUAGACAUUCCCAUCUACAUUACAAUGCAGGUAAAGGUGGCAUUUUCUUUGGUGGUAGAGGAACCAGUGGAAAAGCCUUGGCCUCAUCUUUGGAAAAUAAAUCAUUAAUGAUUAAUUAAUUGAAUGUCCUCUUGAAAAAUAAUUUAACUUUACAUGCUUUAAAUAAGAAAGACCAAUAUAUUAAUUCAAAAUGAGCACAAAAUUGUUCAAUUCAAUAUUUUUUUCAUACAAUAAACUAGUGCUAAAAAUAAUCCAAGAACAAUUAUCAUGUUUACUGAUUUCUAUAUAUUAAAUAUUAUUUCUUAGUUAAGAAUAAUUGUCUUUUUGUAACAGAACAUUUACUGGUAUUUAAAACUUGCAUGAUUAUUAUUUAUAAAUAAAAGAGAUCUAGAUUUUUUUCUGUCAAACAUAUUGUCCUAUUCUUUUUCAAAUUUUAUUAAGUUUCAAGGAGAAAUUCUUAUGAAAUUUAUUUUACUAUUGUUUUAAUGAUCUACUACAUAUACCACUGAAGGUAUUUAUCAGCUACCUGUAGUUGGCUACUAUCAUUCCAUGUGUUUUUCUUCUAUUUACAGUAUUACAUUGUGUUCCUGUUAGUUUACAUGUGAAUGUAUACUAUUCCUAUAUGUAAUAUUUAAUAUUUGCUGUACUUCUAGGGGAUCUACAAAUUGUACAUUUUUUUUAAUUUAAGUGUCUAUUAUACAAGUGGGAGUCAUCUACUCAUCAAUUCAUUAAUAUCAUUCUUUUUUAAUUUGUAUAGAUUCUUCUGCAUGUUUUAAUCAAGCCUUUAUUUUUAUGACAUUGUAAGUGCCUUAACAUUAAUAUUUUGGGUAUGUACUUUACAAACUGUCUCUAAAAUAUAUUAUGGUUGAGGAUAAUAAUUUUUUGGUUUUCUUCCUCUUAUACAUCACAUUUUUAAUACAUUAAUUUGUCACAGUUUUAAUACAUUAAUUUGUCACAGUUUUAAUACAUUGAUUUGUCACAGUUUUAAUACAUUAAUUUGUCACAGUUUUAAUACAUUAAUUUGUCACAGUUUUAAUACAUUAAUUUGUCACAGUUUUAAUACAUUAAUUUGUCACAGUUUUUCAAAAUGUACACUGGCUAUUUAUUUCACUGGUGAAAAGAAAAUUGUAAUUAGUCUUGUUCCACAACUUUAAAAAACAAAAAAAAAAAGUAUUUGAGUGAUGGAUGUACUGAACAUUCCGUUUCAGUUUGACAACUUACAAUUGAGCGUAUGAUUGUUAAGAUAUUAGGCCUAUAUUUUAUUGAAAGUAUCUAUAGUUGAAAAUUAAAUUUAAAAAAAUGCUACAGUUUUAUUAAGAACAAAUGCACAAAAUAGGUCAUGACUCCCUGUUUUUUCAUAACUUACCACCAUGAAAUAAUCUAAUUUGCUUUAAAUUAAACACAUUUUAACAUGUUCAUAAUUAAUUCCUGUGCAUUUGUAUAUUUUUUUUUUACUUUUGCUUUUAUGCCAGAACUUUUUUUUAACCAUAUUUCCACCAACAUCCCCAGAACAAAUACAUCUAGCAUAUAUAAUGAUUGCCCACCCAUUCUGGCACUUUUUAGGUAGUAAGUUGUCAGAUUUUAAUCAAAAGUUUUCAAAAAGUAGAUUUAGUGUCCACUUCUCAACUCAUCACAAUUAUAUGUUGGUACAUUUACAACACAUCAAUUAUCUUCAAAUGUGCUACACCUUUGUCUUUUCAUUAAUUUUGUUAGGAUUACAAGUUGGGUUACAUUAAUUGAUUUUUUAAAGGUUACUGUUUAAGAUCUAUAAUUAAAGAUAACCUUGAUCUAAAAGCUACUAUUGCAAUUGAUUUUUUCAAUAAAUUUUCUUUAUAAUUUAAGAAGUUUGGAAAUGGUAAUAAAAUAUAUAGAAAUAUGAGCUGUUUUUGAAAAAGAUUUCACUCCUAAGGCUCACAUUUAUUACAUGGAAUCUUUUCUUUUCCCAUUCCCAGAAAUCUUACUGUAAACAUGUAUAUGAAGAAAUCCAUUCCUGUUAUAGAAUUUAAUAAACUCAGUACUAAGACAUUGAUCUUGGGCACAGGGAUUUUUCUAUUAAAUAGAUCUGUUGUUAGAGAGGAAUAUAAAAUCUCUAAAAUAUCUUGAUUUUUUUAAACUAUGCCAGUGAUAUGUGUUUCUGUUAAUGUCUUUCAUGUGUUCAAUUUCAAAUCAUGACUAAUGUUACUAUUUGUCAAUGUUAUCAGCAUAAUAAAUUAUUUACAGGUCUUAAAAACUAUGAAAUAAUUAAAUUAGUGUUGUGAAUAUUUCUUUUUCUUAAAAGAUGAAAUUUUAUAUAUUUUUUUAAUUAAGUGUCGUUAAAAACAAUUUUUAACUAAGAUAAGACUUAGUUUAAACAAGUAGUGAGUGACUUACUGAUAAGAUCAAGCUUAUUUUAAGUAAAUUCUUCCAAAAAAUCAUUUGAAUUGUAAAUUAAUUAUGAGAAUUUCUGCUAGCAAUCAUUAAAGAAAGAACUUGCUUAUUAGUAUUUGUUCUAUUAAUAAAUGUUGACACUAUUUAAAACUAUGAGGUAAAUCUUAUUGACAAAAAUUAUUGGUUGCAAAAAAAAAACAACUAGAGAUUUAUAUUUUUUUAUUUAUUUUACUUUACAAUUAAAUGAAAUCAAAUCUUGUGUCAUUGUUUAUAAUGCUUGAAGGGUAAUACAGUUCAGUGAGGAAACAGGUCUGCGCUUCAGAUCCCUAUUAUACAUUAUUCCUGCAAUCACUUGAACUAAUUAGUUGAACUUUGUAAUUAGAAUAUUAUUCACAACAGUUAAUUAAUUAGAGAUUGUCUACAGUUGUCUAAUUAUGUAUAAAGCAACACAGUGAUUGCUGGUGGAUUAUUGAUGUAUCCCGAGUACUAUUAGAGCAUGAAAUGGGUUGCAUGAGUCAGCCAGGAAAACCAAUGACUUGGCAGAAUUUAAGUCAUUCAUCAACAUGCAUGACUAAAUUGACCUAGGGACACUUGUAGGAUGUAAUCAUCUUCUUUUUUGAAGUAAUGUCUUUUAUAAAGAUAAUAUCUCUAACAUAAACUAAUUCCUGAUUUGUUCACUUCAAUGCAGCUUUAAUAAGAAAUAUUUUAAAGUAUGUAAGCUGCAAAAUAUUAAUAAUGGUUCUAAUAAUUAGACAUCAUAAUUGGUAGAAUUGAUGUACAUAUGGUUUCUUCUAGCCAUCUUUUUGCUGCUGAGCUGUAGGUAGUUUUGUUUUAUAGUUUGUACCAAGGAAAAGAUUAUUUUCCUUUCAUUUUGUGUUCUGAGAGGUUUCUAUUAACUUUUAAAAAUAAUCUCCACAUUUUGAGAACGUAUUUGAUCAUUACUGUUGUUACCCUUGACUAUAAAAACUUACACAAUAUCACACUAGCCCCAAAAGUCCUCAUGAUGAACUACCCCAUCUUUUAUUACAGUACUAAUAAUACAGACUUGGAUAGUACUAUUCAGACCUUCAUCAUAAAAUGCCAAUAAGAGAUAAAGGAGCCUGCAGUUAGUCUCCUGGUACAAAAUUGGUCAUGUCUCAAAGACUGUUUCAAAAGUGGGAUAAUUGUUUUCAGGUCAAAAUUAAAGAGAAAGUACAACUAUUAGAACAAAAUUUAAGCAUUAUUCAUACAUGAAUUCAUAUCAGAAUCUAUUUUGUUGUGAUUUUAUUUUAUGCUUCAUUUACUAUUGUAAACUAAGUAUUGAGAUGAUUUAUUUUAUUUUGUUUACAUUAACAAAAAUGUCAUUUGUGUUGAAAACAGAAGUCCACUUCUAAGACAUUGAGCUGCUUCUAAACUCCAUUGUUCUAUUAUUAUAUAUGACUUGUAUGUGUUUACUCCUGCAUUUUGUUUAUAUCUUGGGACCACAAUUAUGACAUUUUAUUUUUUUGGUGGUCUGAACUAUUCACUUGUGGUUUCUAAGUGUCAAAAGACUUCUGGAUAGUAGAUUAGGAAUUGUUAUAUCUUACAAAAAAGUGACCUAGAAUAAAAUACAAAACUGUAGUUGUUAAACAGAUUAAGUUUUUUUUUUAAUUGUUGUUUUUAUGUGAUUCAAUGCAUCAAUAAAUUGCUGUCAUGCCA